UUUUAUGCUGUCGUAGUGCCUUGCCGUUCAUCUUUGGUACUUCUGUCCGAAUGGUGGUGAUACCUGAUGUUGCCUGCUGUCGGAUUUGCUUCGGUGUGUGUUCGGUGUUGUGUGUGGAGAACCGAUGUAGAAUUUAUGCUCUCCCGUCGGUCGACGUCGUUAGUACCAAUUCAACUACCCACUUGUUCGGAAGCGAAGUUCGUGCCGAUUGUAACAUGCCUUCAGUGCAUGCCGCGGAUAUCAUACUUUUUUUUAUUGUUGUGUACAGCGUGUAAUUAUUGGCUUAGAUAUUUGAAUGGUUUUCAAUCAUCAAUUCCGGUGGAUAAAAUGAGUUUAAAGGUGUAGAGACAAUGCGUAAAAAUUAGUGAUUUUUGGACUGAAGUCGGAUAAGGCAGCGUGAAUAUUAAAUCGCGGAAAGGAAUUUAUUGAUACAUCACAUCAAGGACAAUGGGCCGAAAUAAACAUUCUAAUACGGAUUGGAGACCUUCGUGCAGUUUAAAACGAAAGAGCAGCUAAUAAUGUGCUUUAUCUAUGGUUUUGAGCCAAAACGCCAGAUCGGACAAGGUAGGAUCGUUCCAAUUUCGAUGAAAAACUUACAUUGUGAUUUCGCUGGACGGGUCCCAUCAGUGAUGGUGUGUGUUUACGAAAAGUUUCUCAAGCUUCAUGUGUAACGUGGAAAGGCCAUCGGCGCGGAGUAAAGAAUUCAAAGUUCGAAACCAACCAGCAGACGAAACUUGCGGAGAUUGCGGCAGUGGCAAUACAAACAAAAAAUUGUAAAAAUUUCUCUGAAUUAAUAACAGCCGAAAAUCGACGACGUCGAAGCAACGACGACGACGACGGCCAACGAAGAGGCAGCAACAUGAGUAGUCGGUGCUGCUGGAAGAGGGAAAAAGGAUUGAGGGUGUGAGUGAGUGUAGUAAGCACGACGACGACGACGAAAGAGGGAAGAAUAAUAUUUGUCGGUGUGGCUUUUUUGUCGGCACGGUCGGCCUGUUCGGGCUAGAUGCAUGAUGCAGUGGCUAUACACGCGGGUAAAACGUUAAUCGAAAAAUCGUACAGUAAAUAGUAGCUAAAAGUUUCAAAAGUAAGAAACUCAAGCCAGAAGAAAUCAAGUAAAAGUGCUCAACCAGUAACAAAACGUGAACACCUCAGUUCGACAGCAAUAUGGAGAAGAAAGCAAAAUCACAAUACGGUGAAAAUUAUCGUCGGCUCUUGGCCGCGCGAAAGGUGUGAAAACCAUUAUUAUCCUCUACGUUCGGUGCUGCUGAGAGAAUAUAGAAAGGAGGAUCAUCGUCCGAAGUGUGUUGUUUUGUGGUGUGAUAGAAAAGCGGAGCUAUAUCGUCAUCAUCGCGCGUACCGAGGGGGGUUUCGGAAUUCGAUUGUUUUGUGCGUUUUGUGUGCUCUCUCGACAACGGCCAUAGAUCACCACCGAGAAGAAGAGGAAAAGAAGACGUGCGAGGCGUGGGGAAGUAGCAGCAGCGCCGGUAUUGUGAGUGAUAAGCGCGGAUUGACAUCCAUCCAUACCGAGCAGCCAGUUCGGUGAAUCGAGGCGUAUACACACGUACGCAUAUACACGCCUAUACAUACCAUACACGGGAUAGUAGCGGUUCUUCUGCUCUGGUCCUCGGAAACAUGGCUGGAAACAUAGUUAAGUGGUGGAAGCAUAAAAUACUCGGUGGAUACAAACAGUUUACAGUGCUGCAAGAAUGUGCGACCGACUCGGAGGAACUGAUUUACCCGGUACGGGCGCCUUCGGCCUGCAGUGCCCCGCCGGAUUUGCUGCUAACGAGCGACCGGGAGCAAAUGAUGAAAGUGAAAUGCUCCUCCAAGCAUCAACAAUCGGCGGCGAUGGCGGCACAUCAUCAAUCUCAGUCACAACAGGGUCAUCAUAAUCACGGGCACAAGAUGCAGGGAUCGGGAGCAGCAACGACAGCGGGUGGCCAACAGCAGCAGCAGCAACAUCCAAAGGAUUCCACGUCGGCGUCGUUUCGCAAGUGUCCCGGUCAAAGGACGGCCACGGUCAAGAGCGAUCCCGAUCGGGUGCGACUGGAGGAAUUCACUUGCGACGUAUCGCUAGAGGGUGGCAAGAAACCUCAGCCCCUUCAAUUCUCCUUCACCCUCUAUGAUCUGGAUGGUCACGGAAAAAUAACCAAAGAUGACAUCGCUGGUAUCGUUUCGACGAUCUACGAGUCCAUAGGUAAAUCGGUGGUAGUUCCUCACUAUGGUAGCAAGACGAUCAACGUGCGCCUGACGGUGUCACCCGAUGGCAAAAGCAAAACCAACCCGGCGGUAGUGAAGAAGGCGGCUAUCACCCCGAGGAGACGGUAUCGGCCACGGAAGCUCAUAUCGGAUGACGAUGGUAGCGAUACGUCUGAAAACUGUCCGAGGGUUAUGCGAACACGUGCCCAUACGGUGGUAGCUAAUACCACUGUCAGCAACGCCACCAAACAGCACAAGGAAGCCGGAAGCGGGAAGGCAGGUGAAGAUGUGAUCGAUGCUGCGUUAGCUAGUAAGGCCGUAGACAAUGCGCAGGAGAUGACCAUCCAUAAUAAUUUGAACAGUAAGGGGAAGAGCUUGAACGCGAAAAAUGACCAUAUCUACGAAAGUAUCAACAACCUCAAAUGUUGUAACAUCCAGUCGGCUCAAGUAUCCAAAACGAACAACCUUAGUUCAGUUCCGCUAAACAAUUCCACAGCAUCAACAACGCUAAUCUGUCGGGACUGUUCCCUGCAGGGGUGUCCGAUCGACGAGACGCUUCCCCUGGGCACGGUAGUCAUUCCUAGUGCGAGCACGGCCAUGGCCGCCGGAAGCCGUGUUAAGCGGAAAGUGGUCCGGAAGUCCCGUUCGUCCCGGAAAGCUUCCAAGAUAACGGAAGAAUAUCACAGUCGACCGAGGGCCCGGAGCCUUUCGGUGGGAAACGAAAAUUGCUACGAAAACAUGAUCGGCAACCCCCAGGAUGAGUGCUGGAAAAGUUCGCUCUGUAGGCGGGAACUUAUAGAAAUCAUUCGGGACAGUAUGGUGAAGAAUAGCAUGUGUUUUCAACCGAAUAGGAAACCUAUGGACAAUUCACCACGCCACCGUCACCGAUCGCACACGAUAUCUGCUCGCAUCGGUGGGGGAAACGGAGCUGCUGGGGACCAUUGUGUAGGAGGUGGUGAAGCUUUUUUGGCGGCCGCCGUUCAGCAGCAAGCCCUGAUGCCCACCGGACACGAGACCAAUCUGUGCGGUUACGAUUCCUACCUGCAUCAAACGAUCUGUGCGGCAGCGAGUGUGAAACAUGCGGCACUGCAUCUCAAUGGAGGUGUGACGAUGGCCAAUGGGGGUGUGUUUACGGCACUUCCGUUGACUACCAGCACCCCGAAUCGGUUGCUGGCUCAUCAUAAUCAUCAUGCGAAGGCUAAAAGGAAGGAACAACGUUUGGCUUUGGCCUCCCGAGCUCAGACUCAACACCAGCUGGUUCAACCGGUCAAGCUGAGCACGGCGCUUCUGAAUCAGCACUACCCAAAUCUCUCAGCCGAACAGAAGCUAACACGCUCAAUCAACCACGUCGAGAAGUGGCUGGACAACCGCAGUCCCAAGUUGGUUAACAAACUGAAACUGAUGGACGAUAUGAUGGAGCGUAAUCAUCGGGUCAACGGGUCAAAGCUAAAACGCUCCAAAAGCAAGGAAGACAUCGCAACCAAGUCAUCAAAGCUGGACAACGUGCUGACGGCAGAUCUGCUGCUAGAGAAUCUCAAAAUUACCGAAGACAUUGCCGAGUUCAGUGUGGUGACGCCAAAGAAAGUAUUCAACAAGGAAUGCCUGAUCAGUUCGGCCACCAAGAAGAACAUCCGAACGUUCCACACCACCAAAACCAUCUCGACGACCACCGAACAGCAGCAGAAUCAAUCGGCUGCCAGUAACAAUCUGAUCCAACUACAGUACGCUUCAAUUCCGGUGAACGCGGAACCAAGUGAAUGCGAGAAUUUGAUAAGGAUGUCGGACGCUGAAGAGGAAACAGUUAUAGGUGGACCUCAACAGCCGCAAUCAACGGCGAGUACGCCUACGCAUCAGCACCAUCACAGUACGUCUCAUUCGGCACCUGCUGCCCCCAGCAACAGCGGACUUCUCGGUGAACAUUCCGGAUCGUCGGCAUCGGCCGCAUCGACGACUGCGGUGCACCGAUACGUGCACGAACAUAUUCAUCACCAUUAUCAUCACUUCGAGAACGAUCCGGACGAGUCCUGAGGGUUGAAGGAGCGGGUUUGUCCGCUGGAAACGGAUCAAGCCAGUGCGUCGUCUCCCGGCGAGACGCGGACAGAUCCAGAGUUGUUAGAUUUGUAAAGCGGAUCGAAUGUUUGAAGCGGGUUUGGUGUAGGUGAUUGACAGUUUGUUGAUUUGUUCGUCUCAUUUAAAUCUCAAAAACUGAUAAAUGUUUUUUUAAAAAGUUUAAUUUCAUAAAAACAACAUAAAACUUUUUUUUUUAAACUGAUACCACAAGAUUCAUUUCGAUGAAAAAACUAGAACCACGUUGUUUUAAAGGAAACAACGUUUUUUCGUAAAUAUGUUUUAGAUUAUUCCAAGUGUCCUUUUUCCUGCAACAGUUAAUCAACAAACUGUUAACCAAGAAUAAGCUGGUAUUUGUCUAAAUGCGAUUUCACCAGACAAAAAAAAACUGAUUAAAAUGUAAGCGAUACUUAUGGGCUAAGCGCGGGCGGAAGUCAGACAACAACCUACAAUAGCGACCUUAUUUAUCCAGUAGACAUUAGGAUUCUUUGAGCUUAAGCUUGGGUGUGAAUGUGUUGUGUGCAUUUGAUCGCUUGGUGGAUUUGAAAUUUCGAAAUUAGCUCGUAAGGAUAUAUGUACCUACCUAUAAGCAUAGAAACAUCGUGAGCCACUUGUACUUAAGAAUCUCACUCCGGUAACUAAAUCUUACAAGCGGAAGCCCGGAAUAUACUGCCGUUAUUUCUAACAUGUAACCUUCGAAAAAAGCUAAAAUUUAUGUAAAUCAAAUCAAAAACGUUUGCUCUACCCAUAUGUACGUUAAAAUUAACUAUCCGUUGAUCAAUGCAGUUAUUGUAGAGAAGAAAAAAAUAUACACUUUCAUCUAUAGCCAAAAAUAUUAUACGAAAAAAGCCACUUAGAGCAACUUAUUGAGUCGACCUUUAAAAUUUUCUUCCAUUUUACAGAUAAAAUUAAUUUAUUGCCUUAAAUUCUAUAUCAGUUACAAUCUUUUCAUACUUUUUCUCAUUUAUCUCUGUCGAUUUACUAAAUUAUAAGUAAACUAUUCGAGAACAUUUGCCCCACCUAGAUAGCACUCAGUUCUGGGGCUGCUAUUAGUUCGUUAAGGUGUACAUACUACCAAGACCAAGAUGAAUAUAAUAUUGCUAGGAAGAAAGAUCAAUCCCUCAUCCACCCUCAAGGCUGCGAAAUUUAAAGAAAAAAAAACUAGCAGAGCUGUGGAGGGGCGAAAAUAUUAACAGUAACUUACAAGACUGAUUUCAUGUUAUUAUUAAAUUUAUUAUUAAACAGACUAAACUGCACGGUUGUAUCGCUGAUCAGUGCUUCAAAUAGGUAUCAGCAUAUUUCUACGCAAUUCACACAGCUCUUAAACACGGAAAACAACGAACAUUUUCUUUUAUUCAAUCUUAAUAAAAAUUCAUAACAAUGGUCAUAUCUACUCUUCAGGCGACGAAAAAAAACGCGAAACAAUCUAUUGGCUUAUAUUAAACAAACAAACAAGAAAACGAAAUUCGCAUUUUUACCCAUAUAAAAUAGCGCUAAGCUUUCGACGGCCAUGAUUUUUGUUUUUUCAAUCAUAACUUUUUUUUUCUAUAGAAUAAGAAACGUGGUUGGGAUCAAAAUUUUGCGAAAAAAAAUGGAAUCACGUUAACGGAACCCCCAAUAAUGUUGGUAGAUUAGUAGAACGAAAUUGACAUAGGUAUACUAUUACAUACUGCAAGUGGUGUUUGGCUUGGCAAAAUUUGUAAAGAAACAUUUGGUAAAUUUUAUCGCGCUAGGAAAUUAAAAAAAAUCGCGAAGGCAACGAAUGAUCGAUUUCUCGUAAACAAACCUCUAAAAAUAACUUUUCGGUUACCCUUACAACUUACCCUUAGUUUAUAACUUUUCUCGAAAACCUUUCUCGAUGAUACGAAUUGGAAAAAACUUCACUCUCCCAGAUAGCAACAUUUCGUGCUUGUGUGGUUAAUAUUCUGUUGCGAUACAAAACUACACCUACAUAUGCUAAAACUGAUAAAACUAUAGAAUAAGUUGCGUUAAGUGUUUAAUUCUAUACAUAAUUUAUUCCGCAAAACGAAAGGGUGUACAUUUUUAUCACAUUUUUUAUAUUUUUAUUUUUAUCAUGUUCAAUUCGUUUACCGCCUCUCGGAGGAUGGUGGACAAUCAUCAUUGCUAAGCUGAAAAUAUAUAGAACAGAACAAAUGUUUGAAGUUGAAA